UUGGCUGCCUGUCACCCUCCCGAGGAGGACUCCGUCGGCUGCAAGGAAGAGGGAGUGGGGGACUAUCCGCACCAAGCUCUGUCUGAAGGCAUCCUGCGAGAUGGCCGCAAUCAAUGGGGCCGUAGAAAACGGGCAGCCGGAGAAGAAAACGACCCCUCCGCUUCCUCACCCUAUUAGGAACUUGGAGAUCAAGUACACCAAGAUAUUUAUUAACAAUGAAUGGCAUGAAUCAAAGAGUGGAAAGCAGUUCCCUACCUUUAGCCCUUCAAAGGCCGAGAAGAUCUGUGACAUCGAAGAGGGGGACAAGCCUGAUGUCGAUAAAGCAGUAGAGGCAGCAAAAGCAGCCUUCCAAAGAGGAUCUUUGUGGAGACAAAUGGAUGCUGUGAGCCGAGGAAGGCUCUUGAACAAGCUGGCCGACCUCAUUGAGCGAGACAGAGUGGUGUUGGCGACCUUGGAAACAAUGGACACAGGGAAACCAUUUCUGCAAGCAUUUUUCAUUGACCUUGAAGGCUGCAUAAAGACACUUAGAUACUAUGCUGGCUGGGUCGAUAAAAUUCAGGGGAAGACUAUACCUGUGGAUGAAAACUUUGUCUGCUUCACCCGACAUGAGCCUGUGGGGGUUUGUGGUGCCAUUACACCGUGGAACUUCCCAUUGCUCAUGUUGAUUUGGAAGAUGGCACCUGCUCUGUGUUGUGGAAACACCUUAGUUGUUAAACCUGCUGAGCAAACCCCCCUCACUUCACUAUACAUUGGCUCUUUAGUCAAGGAGGCAGGAUUUCCUCCAGGUGUGGUUAACAUUGUGCCAGGAUAUGGUCCCACAGCUGGAGCUGCUAUUUCUACGCAUCCUAACAUUGACAAAGUAGCUUUUACUGGGUCAACAGAGGUUGGAAAGCUGAUCAAAGAAGCCGCUUCGAAAAGUAACCUCAAGAGGGUGACGUUGGAGCUCGGUGGGAAAAAUCCCUGUAUUGUCUGUGCGGAUGCUGACUUGGACUUGGCGGUGGACUGUGCCCACCAGGGUGUCUUUUUCAACCAAGGGCAGUGCUGCACAGCUGCCUCUCGAGUCUUUGUGGAAGAGCAGGUAUACCCAGAAUUUGUCAAGCGCAGCGUGGAGUAUGCAAAGAAGCGGCUCGUGGGGGACCCAUUUGAUGCCAAAACUGAACAAGGACCCCAGAUUGACCAAAAACAGUUUGACAAAAUCUUGGAGCUGAUAGAAAGUGGCAAGAAAGAAGGAGCCAAGCUGGAGUGUGGUGGUUUAGCCAUGGGAGACCGAGGCCUGUUCAUAAAGCCAACUGUAUUUUCAGAGGUCACAGACAACAUGCGCAUUGCUAAGGAGGAGAUUUUCGGACCUGUGCAGCCCAUAAUGAAGUUCAAAAACAUAGAAGAAGUGAUAGAGAGAGCCAACAGCACGGAAUAUGGGCUUACAGCUGCUGUGUUUACAAAGAAUUUGGAUAGAGCCCUAACGUUGGCAUCGGCACUGCAGUCUGGGACAGUCUGGAUCAACUGCUACAAUUCCCUUUUUGCACAAGCUCCCUUUGGCGGCUUCAAGAUGUCAGGAAAUGGGAGAGAAUUGGGUGAAUACGCUCUGACUGAAUACACAGAGGUGAAAACGGUCACCAUUAAACUGUCGCAGAAGACUCACUGAGUGAGGAACUCCACGAGACCUAAAACUCUGACACUCUGAAUGUUAAUGUAUAGUUGGGGGUGUUGCUU